UAUAUGUACACUGUUCAAGGUAGGACCUAAACUGACCUAAUAUUUUCCAGUUCAAAGAUAUAGUGAGGGCCGGCUUUUUAAUUAACAAAUUGUUUAAUUAUUUCCGUGAUAUCUGGAAAUAAUGGCUUUAAUAGCGCAAGUAAGCCCACCAGAAAAUGGUCUAAUUUAUACUGCUAAUAAUGCAAAAUUAAAAAUCGGCGAGAAAGUUAUUGGAAAAGGAGCGUUAUAUAUAAGCCAAAACUCUCUUGCAUGGCAGGCGGAAAAUAUGAAUGAAGGAAUCUCUUUAGUUUGGAAACUAAUUAGUGUGCAUGGUAUAUCGUCAAAUCCAUCCAAGUGCAUAUAUUUUAUGUUAGACCACAAUCUCGAAUGGCGGGGAGUAUAUGAUAAGGUUACACGGGCUUCUUCUAAUAUCAAUCGCAAUGGGAAUAUUGAUGAAGUGCUCGAUGGCCAUCAGGAAGCACAAAUAGUUAAUGCGUGCAACGUAGAUAUAGAUGAAGGCAAUGCUUCGGAUGAAGAAGAUGAGAAUGAAAAUUUAACUGAGUGUUGGAUUACACCAGACGACGCGAAUACUGUUGAAAUAAUUUUUCAAGCAAUGUCGGAGUGCCAGGCACUUCAUCCUGAUUCUGCUGACAGCAUUUCUGAAGAAAGCGAUUUUAUGGACGAUGAGGACAACUUGGAAAAUGGCAUAGGUUCGGUCAGAAAUAAUGAAAGAAAUGGUAUCGAAGACGCACAAGGUGGAAUACGUAAUUUGAAUCUAAAUGAUGAACGUUUUGCAGAUGCAGAUGAAUAGGUAGCAAAUAAAAAAAGCCAUAUUAUUCUAGUUUUUAUGUAUUCCAAAUAAAGAUAUAUAAGUUUA